GGAGCCCCACCUCAGUGCCCGGAAGUCCUGGGCCUGUGGGAACUGGGGAGCUCCCGGGCCCCCAGGCGGUGGGUUCUGGGGGUGCUUUUCCAGGCCAGGAGAGGGGGGAAGGGCGAGGAGGGAGAUGGGGGCCCUUUUGGGACAUUUUUGCCUCCAGUCUCUAGGAAUGGGCCCUGGAACCUGGGGGGAGCAUCAGGGAGCAAGAGCGACUGGGGGGCCCUGGAGACCUCGGACACUCCUGCCUGCACCCAACUUGACUCAGUCAACAGUCCUGCCCCUGGAAGGCCUGGCCCAGGAUUUGGGGUCACCCUGGACCUGAGCCAAUGGGCCUUCUCCCAUAGUCUUGGCACGUUGGAGCCCGGACUCCCCAAGGAGAGAGGGGGAGCUCACUACCUGCCCAGCCCUGACAACAAGAUGACGCGACAUUCAAGCUCUUUGUCCAUCCUGCCCAAUGGGGCCAAGCAGAGCAGGGCCUGCCGGCAAGGAGAUUGCCCCAGCCCCAUCGGGGGGCCAGGGUCCCCUCAGCCCCAUCGGGGGGCCAGGGUCUCCCCAGCCCCAUCGGGGGGCCAGGAUCUCCCCAGCCCCAUCGGGGGGCCAGGAUCUCCCCAGCCCCAUCGGGGGGCCAGGAUCUCCCCAGUCCCAUCGGGGGGCCAGGGUCCCCUCAGCCCCAUCGGGGGGCCAGGGUCUCCCCAGCCCCAUCGGGGGGCCAGGGUCUCCCCAGCCCCAUCGGGAGGCCAGGAUCUCCCCAGCCCCAUCGGGGGGCCAGGAUCUCCCCAGCCCCAUCGGGGGGCCAGGGUCCCCUCAGCCCCAUCGGGGGGCCAGGAUCUCCCCAGCCCCAUCAGGGAGGCCAGGAUCUCCCCAGCCCCAUCGGGGGGCCAGGGUCCCCUCAGCCCCAUCGGGGGGCCAGGAUCUCCCCAGCCCCAUCAGGGAGGCCAGGAUCUCCCCAGCCCCAUCGGGGGGCCAGGGUCCCCUCAGCCCCAUCGGGGGGCCAGGAUCUCCCCAGCCCCAUCGGGGGGCCAGGGUCUCCCCAGCCCCAUGGGGGGCCAGGGUCUCCCCAGCCCCAUCGGGGGGCCAGGAUCUCCCCAGACCCAUCGGGGGGCCAGGGUCUCCUUGGCUCCUGCCUGGCCUCAGUGGCUGGCCCCCACAUGGAGCUGGGGCUGCCUGGCCGCCUCCUCUGCCCCAGGUCCCUGCCCCUUGGGGACUCGGGCGCCUCAGGGGGACACCUCCUGCCUGGGCAGGCCUGGGCUUUGGGCUCCUGGGGGUGGGGGGGGUCUCUAAUGCACGUGAGCAGGAGUGUGCACAGAAGGGCCGUGUGGGGGGGCUGUCCUUGGCGGUGCUUAGGGCAGGGGCAGGAGCCCCAAAGCCACUGUUUUCCGUCUCCUCCUCAGCGGGACACGGGACGGGGGAGCAGACGUGUGCGCGUGGCCAGACACGGCGGUCUAUGGCCAAGAGGCACAUCUCAGGUCUCAGUGGUGAAGGUCAGGGGAUCAUGGCCCAGUCUGGGGGUGUCAUCCUGAACCCCGACGUUGUCCAGAAGGACCCUCGGGAAGCCUUGGUCAUCGCGGUCACUGCCAGAGCCAUCUUCAACCUGGAGGCUGAGCACCAGCUCUUUCUGGCCCAGGGCACGGAGGAGUACACCAAGCACCAGGUGGCCCAUGCCAAGGAGCCGCUGCUGCCGGGCACAGCCUUCCCCUUCAUUCAGGCAGUCCAGCUGGUCAAUCGGAGGCUGCUGGAGCGGGACCCCGAGGACCGAGGCCUCCUGGAUGUCAUCGUCCUCUCCAACAACAGCCCAGAGGCUGGCGGCCGAAUCGUCCACUGCGCCAGGCAGGCAGGGCUGGAGAUCUCCAAAUUCUGCUUUGUCAGCGACGAGGACUCCACCGAGUACCUGCGAGACCUGCACGUGGGGCUGUUUCUGUCCGCGGACAGGACCGACGUGUGCAACGCGCUGAAGAGGGGGGUGCCGGCGGCCCUCAUCUUCCAGCAGGAGGUCCAGGCGCCCAGCACCCAGCUCCGCUUGGCCUUCGACGGAGACGCCGUGCUCUUCUCCGACGAGACGGACCGGGUGUUCCGGGAGCAGGGCCUGCAGGGGGCGCUGCGCUACGAGAGGGCCAUGGAGGCCGUGCCCAUGGGCGAGGGGCCCCUGAAAGCCUUCGCCGUGCAGCUGGGCCGCCUCCGGGAGAAGUUCGGGCCCGAAGACUCGCCGCUGCGCACCUACCUGGUGACGGCCCGCAGCCAGGGCGGCCUGAGCCUGCGGGCCCUGAACACCCUGCGGGCCUGGGGGCUGCGCCUGGACCGCGUCCUCUUCAUGGACGGGGCCCCCAAGGGGCCCGCCCUGGCCCGGAUCCGGCCCCACAUCUUCUUCGACGACUCCAUGCACAACAUCCAGGGCGCCCAGGACGCCAGCGUCCCCUCAGCCCUGGUGCCCGGCAGCUGCUGAGGGCCGCUCGGCCGCCUGGUCCAUUCCCCUGCCUCCGGCCAGGGCUCCCCUUGACCAGGACCCUUAAAGGUCCUCUCAGAGCCCUGCCCUCAGCCCCCCCAGCCCCCCUCAGCCCCCCACAGGCCCCCUCAGGACCCCCACAGCCCCCCACAGCCCCCCCCAGGCCCCCUGCCCUCAGCCCCCCUCAGCCCCCCACAGGCCCCUACAGCCCCCCUCAGCCUCCCACAGCCCCCCUCCU